AAUUAAGUUACUGCGCAACGCGAAACUCGAUAUCGCAAUAAAUUUGUCCAAUCACGAAUCAAUCAUAGAAAUUCGCUACUUUCACUACUUCAUUUGCGAUCGGAAACGAAGGACCUCGUGCUUUGUGGUCUCGAAUAAUUCUUCCUUCCGUUUUAAGAGCUUGUGCUGAUAAGACGUGUACAUACGUGAGUAUAAUUCCUUAUAAGGAAUUUUCUAGAAAAGUUCGUCGUGAUUUUCACUUACUACUUAUAAUACGUCGCGAAUAUCGUGAGUAUAAAAUCGUAUCUGGUUCGCGCGAAUAAUAAAAUUUAAUAAAUGCGUUUUGUGUCGAGUGUCUUUCGUUCGUAUUCUUCGGAAAAUCUGUGCCAUUCGAACAGUCGAUCGUUUCGUCGUCAUUUUCGCCACGUGGCAAGAUUUUCUGGCUUUUGUGCUCAAGAGGACUUUCAGCUUAUAAGCUCGGGAUAUUUGGAACUGGCUUUUGUGUUGCUCAAGAAGAUUUUCAGCUCAAAAACAACACCCAUCUACUCGGCAUAUUUGGAACUGACUUUUGUGCUCAAGAAGAUUUUUAGCUCAAACAACCAUCCAUUUACUCGACAUAUUUGGCAAGUCUUUAUAAUUUAAUUAAAUAAUAUUCUAUUUUAAUAUAUUUAUUAAGAAAUGGCAUUUCGAGUCUGUCGCAGAUAAUCAUGCAAUUUUUUUUACAUUUUUCGUUUCUUUUGAGAUUUUGUUUCUCGUCAUAUUUGUUGUUGGAAUCGAAAUCAUAUAUAUAAAUCGUCCUUUAAGGCAGUAAUAUUAAUAUAAUUCUGGUUCUUUAUAUACUUUCUAGUUAUGUAUACACUACAGUGUAUACAAGUCAAUCAAAUAAAUUAUAU